UUCUUCAGCUAAUAUGGAGUCUAAAGCCUCUUCCUUGCAGUCCAAAAUCAAGAGCAGCAAAGAGAGAUCAAGAGAUCACAGGAGAAGAAAGAAGGAAUAUUAUUCUGGAUUAGAAGCCAAGAUAAAACAGCUCCAGAUGCAGAUAGAAGCCUUAAAGGAAGAAAAUAUCGAGCUUAGACAAAGAGUUGUUCACAUCCCUUCUAAAAUUUCCGAGCAAGCCUCUCACUGUACUGAGUCCAACCAGAAGCAUGCUCUUCAAAUUAGUGAGAACUACUUGUAUAAUACUAUGAAGAAGAAUUUAAAGAAAGAGCCUGAAGAGGUGAGGUUUUCCAUGAUAGAACAAUCUGUAGAAGAAGUACGAGAUUGCAGUGAAAUCCGGAUAAAUUACAUCAAACAGUGCUUUAGCAACAUCAUCAACAACAUCGCAUCAGUAGGAUCAAAAGCCUUCUCUGCUAUCUUCAACGAAAUGAAAGUGAAAGACUAUGCACAGUGUCUUCAAGCAAAGAAACGUAAAAGGAAAUACUUUGAAAAAGAAGUAGAGACUGCUAAGGACAUCUUUUUAGCUUAUGAAUUCUCUGAGAUAACGACUAAAAAUUUCUUGGAGUAUAAGAACAAAACCUACAGAAAUUGCAAGAAACUCAAAAAUAUGGUCCACCAAAUAGCCAGAGUGAGGAAUGAACUCCUAAAUUGAUAUAAAGAGAUACAGAAAGACUUCCAUGACGCUGAAGCGAAGGGAGAUAAUGAGUAUACCAAAGAGGACGUCUCUACUUGUUUACAGAUAUGGAAUAGAAUGAAAGAGAAAGGACUCUUAAGCGCACAUAAUGUUUGGGAGAUACCGUAUAAUACCAAGACUAAUGAAGCUGACUUCUACGAAGGAGCUGAGCUGACUGAUACGAAUACUUAA